AUGGGAAAGAAGACUAAACAUAGAUUGAGAGUCAAUUUGGAUGAGAUUGAUAAUGAUGAUGCUGCUUUGAAGAAUCAUCCAGAUCUCACUACUACAACUGCUCCAGUUGUUGAAGAGGAGAAAGAUGUUGAUGAUGACAAUACAAUGAUGGACGAUGAUGAUAAUGAUAAUGAUAAUAAUGAACAAGAUGAGGACCAGAAUGAUCAAGAACAACAAGGUGAUGAUACAACAACAAAGGUCGAGAAGAAACUGACACACAAGGAGAAGGCAUUACUAAAGAGCAAGCUAAGGGAUGAGGUUGCAGAGUUAAAGGUACAGAGGAAGAAGUUUAAAAAGACAAAGUUCCAAGAGAAGAAGGAGAAGAAACAUUUGACAAAGGAGAUCCAUGAGAGGCUAAAGACAAUCAACAAGAAGUAA